GCCAACUGAGGGCGCCACCAUUGCAUUCGAAUCAGGUGCCUGGUUUGUUUACAAACUGAAAACGAUAUCUAACCAAAAAUUUGCGAUGAGUUCGACCGAUUAUCUCGGUCUGUCCGACCAAAAAAUAUUCCGAGAUGUGGCCGAUAACUUCCCCAAGACGCUGAAGAAAACGGUCAACGCAUUAACGAUCCGGGACGGCGUGAUUUUCACAUGGGACUAUCAGAACAGUUGUGCCUUAAGUUUAAACCUCAAAGCUGCCAGGAGCAGGGACGGAGACAAUGUUCAGUACCAGAAACUGCUGCCGCUGGGUCCGCCGUUGUUCACCCCCGAGUUUCUGGUGUGCAACGAGAGCUGCAGCCUCCUGGCGGUCUUCGGGCCUAAUGGGGUGCUGGUGUUGGAGCUGCCGAACCGUUGUCCGCCGCACGGAGCCUUCCAGAGCAACAAGGAGGUUGUUUACUGCAAGAGCCACAGUUUGGACGAGAGGCUGCUGGCCUGCGACGAAGGCACCGAAGUCAGACAAGUCAGGUUCCAUCCUGGCAGUCUGAAGGACCGUCACGUUUUAGUCUUGACUUCAGACAACAAGCUAAGAUUGUACGAAAUAGACAACCAGCAAGCAACAUCAAUUGCUGUUUACUCAGUGGGGGAGAAACCUCAUGGUAACUUCCCAGGAAGUAAGAUUUCCUUCUUGCAAUGUUACGGCGAAUUAGCUGUGGACUUCGACUUUGGCCUACCAGAAAUCGACGAAGAGAAGACCAGAAACGUUGAAUGCCAAACCGACUUUUCCACCCCCAAUCAAAACUUACAGGAAAAAGAUUCUGAAGACAAAAAGUUGCAGUGGCCGGUUUAUAUACUACGUGGCAAUGGCACCGUUUACUCCAUGGAUUUGUCCCUAACCAAAAAAGUGAAACCGUUCCUUCAGGGUCCCCUUCCCAUUCAAACUGACCAAGACAAUUUGGAUGAAGCCUGUUCAAUCCUGUGCCUCAACACCAACCCCCAGAUACUUUGCAUAGCUUUGUCUAAUGGCACGUUGUGCCACCACAUACUUUUAGACCUAGAUGCUGACGCCAGGGAUGAUUUACUAAGGACGGCGAAAAAAAUCACUGAAGUGCCCUCCAAAGAACUUCUAGCGUUUGAAAAUGUUGAGCUGGAGUUGGGAUUGAUCAUUAACAAAGAUGGUUUGGAGGAGAACAACUACAAGUGCCCAGUUUUCUUGCACAAAGACGAAGGGAAGUUUAAUAGAUAUUUUGCCACCCACGACGGAGGCGUCCACUCCGUAACUCUGGAAUGUGUUAGCAAGCUACAAGAGUUUGUCUCCAGUGAAUUAGAAGAAAUUGACAGUGACGUUUUCAACAAAUCCAGCCAGGCUGAGUAUCUAGUGUGCACAAAGACGGCCUCGUCUGAUGUUUGUAAUCCGGUCGUCGGAUUUGCCCUACACCAUGAACCGUCGUCGAUUAUAACACUACUGGCGGACGGUAGCUUGGUCACCUUGGGUAUUUUAACUGCCGUUUUGCCACCAGUUGAGCCGCCAACUAGAAAAAAUGUGUCGGCCGUCGAAUCACCUCUAAGAACGAUGUUAAGGGAGCCAUUUGAUCACUACAUCCAAAGUAUACUGAAAAAGGCCUCCACCCAACCGAUUUUAAAGUUAAACUCCGGAGAAAAAUCCGUAGAAGAGUGUUAUGAGCUAUUGCAAAGAGCCGCACAGGUAUUCAGAGAAGACUACGUCAAGUAUUACACCAAAGCUAGGGAAGAAAUUGAAAAACGAGUGCACUUCUUGAACAUGAUAAAGGAAAACCAGCGAAACAACCUAGAGAAUUUAGAAAAAGAAAAGCAAAUUUUGCAGGAAAACGCUGAAAGGUUGGCAGAAAAAUACGAGGAUAUUAGAGAUAAACAAGAAGAACUCUCCAAGAGGUGCGAGAAUUUAUUACUACUGGUAGCAAGAAGACGGAAUGUGCCAUCAGACGCAGAAAAGGAGUUUAUAAACGAAAUAAACGAACUAAACUUGAAAACAAACAAGUAUUAUACAGUCAUAGAUAACUUGAGGAACAAAAAGGAAUAUCAGGAAAUGCAGAUCUCAAACUGGAAACGUCAAGAGACUAAGAAAGUGUUCUCUAUUAGUGAGAUUCAAGAAACCACCAUUAAAAACAGUCUUAAGGAUAUGACUCAGAAAAUCAACGAGAUGAAGAAGGACAUUAACGAGUACAAAAGGCAUCUGAAUAUUAAAUGAAUUGUUUAUAUUUUGUAAUGUAACUGUGUAUUUUCUUUUAAUAAAGUUUGUUUAAUAUAAAUUCA